GGGAAGGCGAUGGGGAAGGCGGCCGGGAGCUUCGGCGAUGAUUUGGGGGACGAUUUCCUCACGUCUUGGAAGCCUGGGAAGCUCGGCGCGGCGCCGGGGCUGGAUCUUGACGACUCGCCGCCUCGGCCCAUGGCCAAGACCGGGAAGACGUUUGAUCUCUCCAAAUUCGAUAUGGAUUUGGACCUUGAUGGAGGUUUUAACAAGCUAGCCUCGUUUAAUAUCGAUCUCGAUCUCCCUGGCAUUGACGCUACGAUGGAGAAGAACGCUGACACUGGAUCCAAAACUAAAGAAUCCAUGGAGGUUUCUCCAGUUUGUCGUCCCCCUGCUCGAGACAAGCUGCGCGUUGAUCUCUCCGACAAGAACCCUGACACUGGAUCCAAAUCGAUGGAUAUUUCUCCAGUAUCUCGUCCCCCUGCUCGAGACACUGAUCUCUCCGACAACAACGCUGAGACUGGAUCCAAAACUAAAGAAUCGAUGGAGAUUUCUCCAGUAUCUCGCCCCCCUGCUCGAGACAAGCUGCGCGUUGAUCUCUCCGGCCUGGAUUCGAUGAAUGAGAAGAACGCUGACACUGGAUCCAAAACCAAAGAAUCGAUGGAGAUUUCUCCGGUAUCUCGUUCCCCUGCUCGAGACAAGCUGCGUAUCUCCGGCCUGGAUUCUGACAAGAACCCUGACAGAGGAUCCAAAACUAAAGACUCGAUGGCUGUUGUUUCUCCAGCAUCUCGCCCCCCUGCUCGACACAAGCUACGUGUUGAUAUUUCCGGUCUGGAUUCUAGGAAUGACAAGAACGCUGACACUGGAUCCAAAACUAAAGAAUCGAUGGAGAAAGGACCCGUUGUUUCUCCAGUAUCUCGUCUCCCUGCUAGAGGCAAGCUACGUGCUGAUCUGUCCGGCCUAGGUUCUAGGUAUGACAAGAACGCUGACACUAGAUCCAAAACUAAAGAAUCUUCUCCAGUAUCUCGUACCCCUGCUCGAGACAAGCUGCGUGUUGAUCUCUCCGGCCUGGAUUCUAGGAAUGACAAGAACGCUGACACCGGAUCCAAAACUAAGGAUUCUUCUUCAGUAUCUCGUACGCCUGCUCGAGACAAGCUGCGUGCUGAUCUCUCCGGUCUGGAUUCUAGGAAUGACAAGAACGCUGACACCGGAUCCAAAACUAAAGAUUCUUCUCCAGUAUCUCGAACCGCUGCUCGAGACAAGCUACGUGUUGACCUCUCCGGCCUGGAUUCUAGGAAUGACAAUAACACUGACGCUGGAUCCACAAGUAAAGAUGUUCCAGCAGAUAAGCUGGACUCCUUUGAGGUGGACCAUUCUGAUGCUGCAAAGGAGAAGAGCAACGGAUCCAAAGGUAAAGAUGUGGUACGAUCGGUGGACGAGUAUUCUUCAUCACCUCCUCCUGCUCGAGAGAAGAAUCCUGCCAUCGAUGCCAUCGAUGCCAUCAAUGUGCAAGAGAUGGAGUGGCGACCGGAGCCUGCUCCCCCACUGGCCAUCGAUGUAAGUCGUUCCUGCAAAGAAGUCUACUUACCUUGGAGAGUUUUCCAGGCGCAAGAGAUGGGGUGGCGACCGGAGGCUCUUCCCCCGCUGGCCAUCGCUGCGCAAGAGAUGGAGUGGCGACCGGAGCCUGCUCCUCCACUGCUGGAGAAGCCUGAAAACGAGGUGGUCGACAAAGUGGACUGCUACACGGAAGUUCUGGAGGAGAUGUGUAAGAUGCUCAAGCAGAAGAAGGAGGAAGCCACAGAUCUUCUGGUGAGGGCGAUCGUUGCAAACAACAAGCUGCUGUUGCUCAACAGUCCCGUGCACGACGAGAAAAUCCAGCUUCUCAGGCGCUCUGUGAAUGAAUUACUGGGAGAACCUUCUAAAGUCUGAGGUACUUGGUUUGUUUACUUUCCAAUGAACGUAAACGUUUGAUCGCGUUACUUAGU